GAUCCCCAUCCUCUUACACUCGCAUACCUACUACCUUUUUCUUCAUCUUUCAGUUUCGACUUUUAACUACCAGUCGAAGAAUUUAAUUCGCAGUGCUUCGCAAGUGUGAACAAUAAUUUUUCAAAAACAUUGUAAUUACUUAUUGUUUUUAAACGUUUGUGCAUUUAUUCAAAUUAAUGUCACACCGUUACUCGUACCGUCAACGUCUUCUAAUUCCUCUCCGCCACCUGAGCCAAAAAAGUAUGGAUUCUAAUGACACGCCGAAAAAGGCAGUAUUUGGCGUAGAUAUAGGAGGCAUUCGUGCUCGAGUUGCGCUGGUACAACCUAAAAAAGACGAUGAGAACGAUUUCGACCUGACAGUCGUCAAAGAUAUUCAAUCGGUUGUUUCAUUUCUGACAGAUGGUAAAUGUCUGGUUGGUUGGGCUGCUGCAAAAAGAACAGUUGCAAGUCCUUUGAAUACGUUCUACGCGACCAAACGAUUGAUAGGCAGACGCUACGAUGAUUCUCUAGUUCAAGAUACAAUGAAUCACGUCGGUUAUAAAAUCCUUGAACACACCGACGGUAAUGCAUGCUUUGUCAGCAGCAACGGAAACCGGGUAUUGAGUCCGGCUCAAAUUGAAGCUCUAAUUUUAUUAAAAUUGAAAGAAUUUUGCGAAACGGAAUUGAAAACUAUUCCUUUGGAAAAUAUCGUGCUCACGGUUCCUCCAUAUUUCAACGAUAAUCAAACACAAGUUAUCAAAGAAGCAGCCUCAAUGGCUGGGUUGAACGUCUUGGGUGUAAUAAAUACUCCUAUUGCUGCCGUCCUUGCUUACUCUACAACUCAUGAAACUUUGAAGGGUAGUAAAACUGUGGUUGUUUACGAUUUUGGUGGCAGUAGCUUUCACGUUACCGUUUUAAAAAUCAAUAACGAAGAUAGCAAAUUUGAAGUGAUGUCGACGGUGGGAGAUCUAUUUCUAGGAGGCGCAGAUUUUGAUGACAAGUUAACCGAUUAUUUGGUCACCGAAUUGAAACGUGAAACAGGUAUCGAUGCUACGCUAAGUAAGACCUCCAUGCAGUAUCUCAAGUGGUCAGCCAGAAACGCCAAACUGGAUUUAUCCUAUCUUACUGAAGUCGACGUGAAUUUUUGGGGUAUACAUUUGAAUUCGCUUACUCGAACUUCGGAAAUUAAACGUGUAUCCUUAAAGGUGACUAGAAAUAAAUUCGAAGAAUUGGUCGCAGAAUUGAUCGGCAAAACACGUAGUCUGUGCCAAAAAGCGUUAGAAGACGCAAAAAUAUCCGUAUCGGAUAUCGAUGAAGUUUUAGCAGUCGGUGGUACAAGCAGGAUACCAAAGGUACAAGCCACUGUUGAAGAAUUUUUUGGUAAAGCGCCCGCUGGAAGUGGAAGAAUGGGUAAGGGUAUCAAUCAUACCAACGCCGUUGUAGCCGGAGCAGCCUUUCGAGGCCACAUUUUAACAUCAGAAAUUUCCAACGAACAACAACCUGCACCUGCUCCGUCAAUCAGUAUUCCAAAAUUUGUGAAGGAGACUGAUGUAUUCAAUUUUGUAACCGCGGAUGAUGGUGAUGGCGAUCCGGAAUCGAUUCUCGAAAAUUUAAAAGAAUCGGAGUAUUUUGACAUGUAUACGACAGAACACGCGGAAACGAUUGUUUAUAAAAAGUGUAAGGCCGAUCCAGGACUGUCUCCUGAUGAUGAAGAUGUUAAUUAUAUUGCAGUCUACGAGAUGGUGAUGGAUGCAAGAAGAGAAUCCGGAUGCGACGAAAUACCCCAAGAAAUAGAAGAUAAGAUUAACUUGAUGAAACAGAAAAAAGAUGAAUUCGUGGAAAGAGUACUAGCCCGUAGCAUGUUACCAUCAGCAGACAUGACUAAAUGGAUGUUACAGUUUAAACGGUUCCUAGAUAUUAAAAAUCCGCGAUGAUUGUUGUUCUUUGGAGGAGAUUUUGGAAAACAUUUUUAAAAUCCAUUAUAUUUUGAAUGAUUUUGUUUCCGAGCGUCGUUGUUGAUCAGAAUAAUUUCAGCUAGGAGAUUCCGCGAGUACCUACAAUUUUUUAAUGAACGGUUUAUACUGUAAUUUUGUUAAAUUCAUAAAUAACAUAUAGUUACCUAAGUAUUUCUGUUUGCAUCAUUUUAUAUAUUUUUUUUCAUUUUUUUUUUUCAUUUCCUAGUCUCUUUUCUAUAAAAUAAAACCGAUUUUAUCCAA